GGGCAUUGUGGGAAGCAGCCAUGGUCUGAGGCGGGCGCCUCACCUGUCAGCCUCCGGCUCCUGCGCUCGCCUCGCGCCCUGGUGACCCCCGCUCCUCGCUCGCCGCUCGCUCCUGGGCGGCCGGGGAGGGGGCGGCGGAGGCCCGGCCACCAUGAUACAUUUCAUAUUGCUUUUCAGUCGACAGGGGAAAUUACGGCUGCAGAAAUGGUACACGACUCUCCCUGACAAAGAGAGGAAAAAGAUCACCCGGGAAAUUGUCCAGAUUGUUCUCUCUCGUGGUCAGAGGACAAGCAGUUUUGUUGACUGGAAGGAACUAAAACUUGUUUAUAAAAGGUAUGCUAGUUUAUAUUUUUGCUGCGCAGUCGAAAAUCAGGACAAUGAGCUCUUGACGCUAGAGGUUGUGCAUCGUUACGUGGAGCUGCUGGACAAAUACUUUGGAAACGUCUGCGAGCUGGAUAUUAUCUUUAAUUUCGAAAAGGCUUAUUUUAUCCUCGACGAGUUUAUAAUGGGUGGAGAAAUUCAGGAAACGUCCAAGAAAUCUGCUGUCAAAGCCAUUGAAGAUUCUGAUAUGUUACAGGAGACGAUGGAAGAAUAUAUGAGCAAGCCUACAUUUUAACCGCACGCCUACUUGAAGACUCCCGAGUCCCCCACGCUGUGAGCCUGUAAAUUAGCAGAACCUGCCGUCCAGUUCCUUGACGAGCUUCUGGCAGCAUGCCAAAAAUAACCUAAAAGGGAUCCUUCGUUAACUAGCAAUUAAGUUGUUUCACAUAACAUAUUUAUCAUUAUUACAUAUCUGUAUUAUGCUGUACGUAACUACUUACUGUGGCUCUGGAUGUUCAAGCAACUGCUUUAUGACUCAGUAGACUGGGUAUGUGUCUACAGUGCUUUAAUUCCAUGUGAUAUUUUUAAGCUAAUUUAAGUAGAGGUGUUGCAGUAUGUUUAUUGUUGCAUUCCAUUCUCUACUGACAGCUGAAUAAUAACCCAUGGUUUUGAACAUGAAAUACAUGUUGUAUUAUGAGUAAUUCUUUUCUAAAUGUUCAACUUUUUAAAUUGUAUAAUAAUUCAAAAUUAUGUUAAUAGUUCAGAGUUCAUACAUAAUGCUAGACAUUGUUUUUUUUUUUUUUUUUUUUUUUUUUGGAUACACUUAGUAAAAUGUAAAUUUCAGUCCAGAUACAAUGUAUCUGAUUUUGAUGUCCUGCAUUCUUUAUUUUUUCAGGGUUGGAAUUAAGGAAAAUAACCAAAGAUAGUAAGGGACUUAAGUGGUUUUGAUAUCAUGGAAGCUGCUAUCUAGUCGAGAUUUUCAUUUUACCUUUUAAUUGAAUAUAAAGGGCAUUCCAUUAUAAGGUUAUAUUUUCCUAUAAACUCUGUAUUUAUUAAGGAUUUGAGACUUCUGGAGAUACAGUGUCUAUGACUUCCCUUAUUCUAACAAUAGUAUAAUAAAGAUGAAUAACAGUAGCAGUAAUUAUUAGCACUACUACUAUUUUAAUAAGUUGUAAGGUUCCAAGCACUUAGCUGCUUGAGAGAUUUUGCUUCAAACAUGUUUUAAUGUGUAUCUACUAUGUUUGACGACUGAUUGUUUAUUAGACUUACUCAUUAUAACAGCCUAUAUAGUAGAUGCCCUUCCUCCUUUUUUACUUCCUCAUGCCCCAAAUUAAAUAUUUGCUGCUGAUCA